GGUCUGUGUCAAAAGUUACCCACUUUUGAAAUACAUUCCCCUAAAAGGAGUGUAGCGUAUGCUGGCAAUUCACUCUUUUGAGACAUGCUCAAAAAUGCUUUCUAUGGUCCCCAAAAAACGUGGUCUAGUUUUGCAGCACACUGGGGCACAUACUCGAAAUGCUGUACUGACAUAUCACUAGGUUUUAAACCGUAACACCCAGAUAUGCUGUCUACGUAGACAGCUGGCUAUGAUUUGAGACGGCGCCGCUGUUUAUAGGGUCAUCGUGUGUUGUUCACGCUGGGAUCCACUCCAUCCACAUUCAGCGCACAUCGAUCCUUCCUCUCUCUCUCCUUCAUCAUCGAUACAGAUGAUUAAACAGACGCCUCUGUUUGUUUGCUGUUGUGUUGCGAUAUUGUGCAUGCGGCGUCAGAACUAGAUUUGUAUCGUGCUUUACGAGAACAUCGGAAGAACGCUCUUAACGUGAUGUUCCAAAUGUUUGGAGUGGAUUUGGUUGCUUCUGAAUCGCAUUAACGGAGUUACAAGCUUUAAGACGCCCGCGGACAAAGCGACAUUUCUGGGCAUGAUGUCCACAUGCCUCUGUGUCCUGGAGCGCAUCCUGUUGUGUUGAGGAUAGACAUCUGCAAUGAAGGAGUUCUCCAAACAAACAUGUAAACCAAACACGCGGAUCUUAUUUCUUUCCCAUGGUUUCGGAUGCACAUAUUAGCAAUGCAUUUAAAACAUUGAAGAUUUCAAUGCAAAACAUGGAGAUAAGAAAAUGGUUUGUUUCUUGGUUACAGUGCCAUGAUUUUCUUUGACUGGGCUGUGUAAUGCUUCCUUCAUCAGAUCAGAGAUGUUUCUUCAAGAUCCAGCUGUCUCGUCAGUUCCUUGAGGACGUUUAAUUCUGAUUCACUUGUGUUGCUUUAAAGUUGUGUUUUAUUGCUGGUGGGUAGAUGACAGGCAACAUGCAUCUCGGAGUAGAGGAGCCCAUCCGAGAGUGCCAGUACAAUCAGAUCUGCACACACAACUCCUCACCCAUGGACACGCCACACACCAAGAAGAAGAAGAUCAAAAGGAAAUGGCAGGUUUUUCCUGGCCGAAAUAAGUUUUACUGCAACGGCAGGAUCAUGAUGGCAAAGCAGACCGGGGUCUUCUAUCUUACAACGGUUCUCAUUUUGGUGACCAGUGGCCUCUUCUUUGCCUUUGACUGCCCAUUCCUGGCAUCAAACCUGACCCCUGCUAUUCCGGCCGUCGGAGGAGUGCUGUUCGUCUUCGUGAUGGGAAUGCUGCUCCGGGCGAGCUUCAGCGACCCGGGCGUCCUGCCCAGGGCCACACCAGAGGAAGCAGCCGACACUGAGAGGCAGAUAGAUGCAACCAACGGCCCGAGCGGCCCAGGGUACAGGCCACCCCCCCGGACCAGAGAGGUGGUCAUUAAUGGUCAAACAGUCAAACUAAAAUACUGUUUCACCUGCAAGAUCUUCCGCCCACCGCGGGCUUCGCACUGCAGCCUGUGUGACAACUGCGUGGAGAGAUUUGAUCAUCACUGCCCGUGGGUGGGCAACUGUGUGGGGAGGAGGAACUAUCGCUUCUUCUACCUCUUCAUCCUCUCACUCUCCUUCCUCACCAUCUUCAUCUUCGCCUUCGUCAUCACGCACGUAAUACUGAGAUCCAACAGGACUGGCUUUCUUAGUGCUCUCAAAGACAGCCCAGCCAGUGUUCUGGAAGUGGUGGUGUGCUUUUUCUCCGUCUGGUCCAUCGUGGGACUGUCAGGAUUCCAUACCUACCUGAUCAGCUCCAAUCAGACCACCAAUGAAGACAUCAAAGGUUCAUGGUCAUCCAAACGAGGCAAAGGCAACUUCAACCCCUACAGCUACGGAAACUUCCUCACCAACUGCUGCGCUGCACUGUGUGGACCUCUGCCGCCGAGUUUGAUUGACAGAAGAGGUUUUGUCCAGCCAGACACUCCGCAGCCUGCGGCCCAGACAAACGGCACCGGCGCCUGCCCCUCCAAUCAAGUCCAGAAUCACAUGUGUGCUCAAGACCAGUGCAUUCAGAGCACCAAAUUCGUUUUGCAGGCCGCCACCAACCCGCUGCUCCACAGUCAGCCCAUCAUUCUGGGCGGAGGUGCGCCCCUCCAGGCCAAGACCUCUCUGGGUGGGCCGUGCUCCACUCUGGGCCCCUCUCAGGCCUCGCUGCCCUCCUCUAUCCCUGGCCUCAGCUGCGGGGGAGAGCUGAUGGCCCUGCGAGACUCUGAGAUCCACUGUCACCAUCACCUACACCAUCAACACUUCAUCAGUCCGGAGGAGACGCCCUCCCCGCCUGCAGCCCUGCCCUGCGCCACCCACCUGGGUCACAACGUUCACCCGGCGCAGGUCUUCAACCCCGCCAGCCAGGACUCGCUCCAUGAAGACUCUGUGCGGGGUUUGGUGAAGCUGAGCUCGGUGUGAGCUGUUUUUAGUGCCGUUCUGCUGAACUGGACCAGAAGCCAUACGGUACUUUACACACACAUAACAGCGUCCUCCUGGAUGUAAUGGAGGCAGCCGCCCCGAACAGUUUCUGGAGUACCAAGUGAGGACCAAAGCUAGUCUUCCAGCUCUGUUAUUACCCAAGCUGUAUAUUUUUUUUCUUUUAUGGAAGCUUGUUUCCACUACGGAUUAACAAUAUUUAAAAAAGGUAACUGCGACUGAUUCUGACUUUUUUGUUGCAACUGUGACUUUGUAUCUCACAAUUUGGAUUUUUUUCUCAGAAUUGCUUGUUUAUGUUUUGCAAUUGUGAGAAUAGAUCUCACAAUUCUGACUUUUUCCCCCCUCAGAAUUCUGCAUGUGCAUGUGGUCGGGUCAGGCCGGGUGAAAAAAACUGUAAAGAUGUCAACUCAGAAUUCAGUGAAAGAAAAAAAGAAAAGGUCAGAAAUGUGAGAAACAAACUCAAAAUUGUAAGUUUGUAACUCCAUUCUAUGGAGAAAAACCUGAACUAUGGAGUAUAGUAAAUAGAAUUAGAGUAUAUAGAAUUGUGAAAUACUAAAUCAGAAUUCUGAGAAAAAUGGUCAGAUUUGUGAGAUACAAAUCACAACUGCAAAAGUCAAGAUUCAAGAUACAAACUCAGAAUUCUGAGGAAAAAACCUAGAAUUGUAAGAUUUAAACUAGUAAUUCUAGAAGAAAAAAAUCUAAAUUGUGAGAUGUAAGCUCAGAAUUGCAAGUUUAUAACUAACAAUUCUUAGAAAAAAUUCAGAAUUAUGAAAAAAAAAGGUCAGAUUUAUGAGAUAAUCUCACAAUUCUAAAAAAAAAAAAAAAAAAAACCUUUAGAAGUGUCA